UUCUCCCUUACAAAGGGAAUCAACAAAAUAGAAAAAAAUCUCAGUCUCUUUCACAACUCAAAAUCUUAUAUUCUACAAGCAAAUUAUUGAACAUAAUGAGUUCAACAGGUAGAGCAUGGAUUGCGGCAGCCAGUGUGGGGGCUAUAGAGGCAUUGAAAGAUCAGGGUUUCUGCAGAUGGAAUUACACAUUCAGAUUAAUCCAACAGCACGCUAAGAACAAUAUCAGAUCCUUCUCUCAGGCCCAGAAACUCUCUCCGCAGUCAUCUUCUAUGGUGUCGAAUAAGUUGAAAGAAGAAAAAAUGAGGCAAUCUGAAGAAUCACUCAGAAAAGUCAUGUAUUUGAGCAGUUGGGGGCCCAACUGAGAGAGUUGCUGACAGUAUUUGUAAAUAGAGAAAUUAGAAAAAUCGCAUUAUGUUUUGUCGAAUUUUAUGAGAAUUAUUCUUUUAAUUGCAAGGAAAGAAGAAAACUGAAGAAAAAUGAAUUUUCCAUCUCUUCUCUUUGCCUCUUCAUCGAUAAAGAGAAAAGGAAAAAUUUAUUUUUAAUUACUUCGCAGCACUUUUCAAAAAGAUCUGAAAAAAUUACAUGUAGUGGAAUUCUCCCUAGAAUAUGGUACUCAAUUUGUAGUAGAAUUUUCUCAUUUCAAAGUCGAGGGAGUACAAAUUUAUUUUCAAUA